CCUACAACGUCACUCGGCUUUCAGCUCCUUCGCCAUGAAGUUCGACACGUCGCUUUUGGUCGACGAAGUCUGGAAUGCGAGAAGGGACAGCCGCCACGAGCCAUCGGUCGCGAACAUCCCGCUGCACUAUGAACGAGCCAAGUCUCUUUGCCUGAGCCGAGGCCUCACAGCCGAUGACAUUGAUAAGCUGACCCCAAGGUUUUGGGACUUCCACUUCGAUCUCAUUUCUUCUCGGGACAUGACAGCCUUCGUCAUCGCAACGAUUCAUCUCAACUUAUGUGUCGGAACGAUUGCAAGGUUCUCACGCGAGCGGCCUGACCUCACGGCCACCCUCGAGGAACUCCUCACUUUCAAGGCUUGUGGAGAAUUCAUGUUGACAGAGGUCGGCCAUGGCCUCGACGCCCGCAACUUGGAGACGACUGCGACGAUGGAAGCCGACGGGUCUUUUACCCUGAACACGCCGAAUGCAGGCGCCGCCAAAGCAAUGCCGCCAUCCUCGCCGCUAGCCGGCAUGGCCCGCGUUGCUGUUGUUUUCGCCCGGCUCAUCGUGGGCGGCGACGACCGAGGGGUGAAGCCCUUUGUCGUGCAAAUCAACGACGCGAGAGGCAUGUGUGACGGCGUUGUGUCGCGUGUGCUCCCUGUGCGGACCGGCACCAAGCCGCUGGACCACUCCAUCACGACGUUUUACAACGUGCGGCUUCAGCCCGAAGCGCUUCUGGGAUCGGCGUCGCGAGCUGACGACGAGCGAGAGGGGUUUCUUGCCCACAUCUGGAGGGUGUCCGUCGGCACGCUCUCUCUCUCUAUUAUGGGGGUGUCUGCCAUCCGAGUUGCGGGCUGUAUCGCCGCCCGGUACAGCCGGCGUCGUCUGGUCGGAGAUAGGGACAAACAGCCCAUCAUGCAGUUCAGCACACAGCAGAGACCGAUCCUGGAAGCACUGGCGCACGGAGAAGUCCUGCAUGCAUACGCCAAGUGGAGCGUUGGCGAGUUUAUGAACCAAAACCAUAACGCAGACGUCCGCAGAGGGAUCGCUACCGUCUUCAAAGUCUUGGUUGUGCGAUCGUCUCGUCUACUUCACGAGCUGACGGAGCGAUGUGGCUGGCAGGGCCUAUUCGGGCACAACCAGAUAACCGAACUCGCAUCAACCUUUCAAGGGAACUCCGUGGCCGAGGGCGACACUCUCGUCAUAAGCAUCCGUCUUGCUUCUGAACUCCUCAUGAACAGAUAUGGUCUUCCACGACCGACCGAUCCGACAGGAUUUCUUGCCAUGUAUGAAGCCGGGAUGCUCGAAGAGGUUGCGAGAGACAAAAACCUCGCACUUGGCGACUCCGGUCGCUUGAGGGGCACGACCUAUAAUAACAGCGUUCUACCUCGAUGUAGAGCGAUGGUGGAGGCCAUUGGACAGCGCAUGGCCUACGAGGCAGCUCAGGCGCAAGGCAUCAUCGCGCCGGAGGUGCUCGAUGUGUUUGAAAAAUCUUGCAUUCAGAAGGAUCCAUCCUGGUUUGUCGAACACGGCUACGGCACUCGAUCUGCGUUGCGGGACAACGAGAACAGGGCAUACUCCAACUUGUUGCCUCUCUUAUCCACGCUGGUGGAAAGGGCCAAUGCUAAAGAGUACAUCACGGUGCCUUUGGUUGAAGAGGGAGCCAUGGAGGACUUCAUCAAGGCCUUGCCGGCUUUUGGGGCUCGUACGGACAACAUGGUAGCAGACCAGGCUCCAAAGUCCAGGCUUUGAUGUAGAAACAAUCCAUUCAUAAUAGCUCUAUCACUUGC